AUGGCUGGGGAUUUGUCUGGUAAAACUGUUCUUAUCACUGGUGGAAAUGUUGGGCUGGGAAGGGCGGCUGCCUUUGAACUAGCCCGGAAGAAAGCAGAAGUUGUCAUUGGUGGCCGGAGCAAGGAGAGCUGCGAGACUGUAGUGGAGGAAAUCAAGGCUCUCACUAAAAAUGAAAAGGUGAGUUAUUUCCUGCUAGAUUUGGCCUCAUUUCAAAGUAUAUCAGACUUUGUGAAGGACUUUUCAGCGUGCUUCUCAAAGUUGGACAUUCUAAUAAACAAUGCAGGGGUGUGGAGUCCUCCCUUCGACAGCACUGAGGACAAUAUAGAGACUACCAUGGGAAUAAACUAUCUCGGUCACUUCUACUUAACUAAACUUCUAGGCGAGUACUUAAUACGUUCCCGUGGUUUGGUGGUGAUGCUGUCCGCAGACACACACAAGGGAGGUGACAUUACCCCGGACCAUCUUGAAGUACAAGGAAACACUCCCGUCCUCUUUAAACCCCUGGAAAACCGGACCUUCAAGUCUGACUGGGUGCAGUAUGCCAUGAGUAACCGUGCCCGGAUCUACUUCGCUAAAGAGCUGACUGCUCGUCAUCCGGAGAUAACAACUGUUGCCGUGAACCCUGGUGCAACUAAGACGUCUCUUGGUCGGAACAUGUGCUGUUUGAAAUGUCUGGGGCUUGUCUUCACACCUCUGAUGAAGACACCCGAGCGAGGUGCUGAAAGCAUGGUUUAUUGCUGUACACAGGACAUGAGCAAGCACAGUGGGGCCUACUUUAGUGAUUGUAAACCGGUGGAUUUACCUGAGGCUAGCAUAGACCCGGUUAUUCAGAGAAAGUUGUGGGAGGUUACAGUUCAGCAGUGUGACAGACUUGGGAAAUAUCGCUGA